AUGGCUGAUGGUGUUGUCAGACUUUUUGAAAGAAAUCUUAAGAAGUUGAGUUCUCCAAAGGGUAAACUUAUCUACAAUGUUGCUGACUUGCAAAAGUGGGUUGACGGAUUAACAGAUCUUACUUGUUUAACGAAAAUUGUUGGAUCCUCCAAAUUUUUGUCGUUUUUUGUGUUUAUCAUGAUAAUCAUCUAUACUACUAGUGUAUAUGGAGCCAAUUCAAUGGUGCCUUCAAAUGUUGUUGGAGCAGCUAUAGCUACAAGUCCAAAUGCUUUUGUAUAUUCAGGAGCAGGUUCAACAUUUGAUAGAAUUUCUCAAAUACACUAUCAAGAAUGUUUAUUUAUUAUUGGAGAUGAUUUAAAUACCAUUAGUGGUACAGAUGGACAAGAAUGGAUGAAAGUUAGUUUACCAAUGCAAUUAACCUAUUCAAAUACUACUCAAAUGGGUACAGUGGGCUAUUUGAAAAGAUCCGAUAUUUAUAUUUUAAAUACUGACAAGACAAAGAUAACAUCAUCAAGUAAUUUAUUAGAAAUUUGUCCAACUAUGAGUGAUUAUUCUACACUUAUCACUGUUGCAGAUGGUGCUUCUAAAUUAAUUAUUGUAAAAUCUAAAUCCUCUCAAUUAUUUAAAAAGAAAUGUAAUGACCAAACUAAUGGAGGUUGUACAAAAUCUGAUAUCAUUUCCGAAGUUUCAUUUGGUACAAUUUUAAAAAGACAAAGUUCUGAAAGUUCUAAUGAUGGUUGGGUAGCUGUUUUUAUUAUUAGAGGAAAUGGUUCAUUGUCAUCUUCUCAAUCAUAUGAUUCUCUUCAAGAAUCUGCAUAUAUCAAUGAAAGUGAAACUAAAACUUUUGAAGAAUCAAUUCGUUCACUUAUCUCUGUUACACUUAGACCAUUGGCUGAUGCUUCUGAUUGGACUUUGCAUGCUAUUUCUCAAUUUGGUUCUAGCAUGAUUGGAGGAAAAUACUUGAAGGGUGGUAGAACAUCUAUGAAUGUUGACUAUAUGGAAUCUACAGGAUUUGAUGCUGCUGGUAUAGUUCAAUUACUUUAUUUAGUUUCCUAUUGUAAGAGAAUACCUAGAACAAUGACAGAUAUUUUCAAUGCAGCUGACACUGAAAUUUCUAUUAAUGGAUUCCAUGUUGGUGAUCUCAUUUUCCUUAAAUCAAACACCAUUGUUACAAACGUAAUGGUUUAUGCUGGUAAGGAAGCUUCAGGUAAUGGCAAUGAAUUCAUUAUUGAGGCAACUGAAUCUGGUAUUAGAUUGAUGACUGUAAAGGAUAGAUUAGGAUUAUCUUCUGUGAGAGACAUGACAAAGGGUGCAAGUGUUUUGAAUAACCAAUACACUAUUUAUUGGGGAAGCUAUUUUGAAAGAUCAGUUCAAGACCAAAAGCAAAUUAUUGAAAUUUUGCUCUAUGUCUUUGUUUUAGGCACAAUUGCUUUGGCUUGUGGAUUCUUUGCUGUUAAACAUAUUUACAAACGUAUCAAGAUUCAUUUCAAGGGUUAUAAGAAGCAAACUAUUUAAUCUAAUAAAUAAUUUAUUAUCUAUC